CAGCGGCUCCAGCCCCUUCACCUCCCUCUCGGAUGGCUCCGCAGCCGCGGGCUCGAUAAACCCUGGGCACCGUUUGCAGGGAUGCCGGUGAAGCCAGAGGGCUGCCACCCCACCUCUGCCCAGCGCAGGAGCAGAGCCUGACGAGAAGCUGGCAUGCCGCCCCUGCUCAGCUCCGCGAUGCCCAGCCCUGCCUGCCCUGCCCCUGGCCUUGCUUUCCAGCGGUGGUAGAGCCUCCUUGCCCGGGCUGCGUGUCGGAGAGAGGUGGCAGUGAGCAUGCUGCAGGGAGCCCACCUGCAGCAAGAGCCCGGAGCAGCUUUGCAGUGAGUCGCUCAAAGCCAGAGAGUUGUCCCUGCCUCGUCCCAGCGCGGAGCAGCAUCCGAGAGGGCGAACUGCUCUGCGCUCAGCGAGUGCCGAGGGGCCGGUCCGCGGGCUGUAGGAGGGGGCUGCCAUGGAAGAGAGUGUGUUCAGUGUGCAGCAGAUCCAGCCCAACGUCAUCUCGGUGAGGCUCUUCAAGCGCAAGGUGGGCGGCCUCGGCUUCCUGGUGAAGGAGCGUGUCAGCAAGCCGCCCGUCAUCAUCUCAGACCUGAUCCGGGGAGGGGCUGCGGAGCAGAGUGGCCUCAUCCAGGCUGGGGACAUCAUUUUGGCCGUCAAUGGCAGGCCCCUGGUGGACAUGAACUAUGAGACGGCGCUGGAGAUCCUGAGAAGCAUCGCCUCCGAGACUUACGUGGUCCUCAUCCUGCGGGGCCCCGAGGGCUUCACCACUCACCUGGAGACCACUUUCGCAGGCGACGGCAAGCCCAAAACCGUCCGUGUCACCAGGCCCCUCUGCCCGCCUCCUAAAGCGGUUGACUUGUCCAACCCCAGCCCGCAGGGCAAAGAGCAGCCCCUGCCGCCGGCCGAGCGCACCAUGGGCUCGCUGUGGACCAGAGAGCUCAGGAGGGAGGUGGAGCCCAUGGUCCACAUCAAUGGUGUUGUGACUGGCAGCAAAGGGCAGGACGCUGGGAAGGGGAAGGAGGGGGCCAGUGGUCACCCUUGCCUCAACGGUGGUGUGGAAGACAAUGAACUGCUCAAAGAAAUUGAGCCUGUCCUGGAUCUCCUGAAGAGCAGCAGUAAGGACAGCGAUGGAGAGGCACCCUCCAAGGUAGAGACAAGAGAUAUAGAAGUCCAGGUGGACUGUUUCAGGGAAGGGGAAAACAAGCCCCAGAAAGCUUUACCGGCUCAGAUGGAGAACGACCGCGUCCUGGGUGACCUGUGGGGGCAGAGCAACGUGCCCGUGGUCCUGAACAACCCCUACUCUGAGGCACAGCAGCCCCUGCCAUCGGGGAGGCAGUCCCCUCCUAGGGGCGCGGCGAACGGGAGCCCUUCCAAGUGCCCACGCUUCCUCAAGAUCAAGAACUGGGAGACAGGCUCCGUGCUUCAUGACACCCUGCACCUCAAGACAGCCAUGGCCACUGCAUGCACUGAGCAGAUCUGCAUGGGCUCAGUGAUGACCCCCAGCCAGCACGUCCGCAAGUCAGAAGAUACCAGGACUAAAGAAGAGCUUCUCCUCUUGGCUAAGGACUUCAUUGACCAGUACUACUCCUCCAUAAAGAGAUCUGGCUCCAAGGCCCACAUGGAGAGGCUGGAGGAGGUGACCAAGGAGAUUGAGGCCACUGACACCUACCAGCUGCGGGACACGGAGCUGAUCUACGGAGCCAAGCACGCCUGGAGGAACGCAGCUCGCUGCGUGGGCAGGAUCCAGUGGUCCAAGCUGCAGGUGUUUGAUGCCCGGGAUUGCACCACAGCCCAUGGGAUGUUCAACUACAUCUGCAACCACAUCAAGUAUGCCACCAACAAAGGCAACCUCAGAUCUGCCAUCACCAUCUUCCCGCAGCGCACGGACAGCAAACACGACUUCCGCAUCUGGAACGCGCAGCUCAUCCGCUACGCUGGCUACAAGCAGCCUGAUGGCACCAUCCUGGGGGACCCUGCCAACGUGGAGCUGACAGAGAUCUGCAUCCAGCAGGGCUGGAAGGCCCCCUAUGGGCGCUUCGACAUCCUGCCCCUGCUCCUGCAAGCCAACGGCAAUGAUCCGGAGCUCUUCGAGAUCCCGCCGGAGCUGGUGCUGGAAGUGCCCAUCCGGCACCCCAAGUUUGAAUGGUUUAAGGAGCUGGGUCUCAAGUGGUAUGGCUUGCCAGCAGUUUCCAACAUGCUCCUGGAGAUUGGUGGCUUGGAGUUUUCUGCCUGCCCCUUCAGUGGUUGGUACAUGGGCACAGAGAUUGGCGUCCGCGACUACUGCGACAACUCUCGCUACAACAUACUGGAGCAAGUGGCCAAGAAAAUGAACCUGGAUAUGAGGAAAACCUCCUCCCUCUGGAAGGACCAGGCCCUGGUGGAAAUCAACAUUGCUGUGCUCUACAGCUUCCAGAGUGACAAGGUGACCAUUGUGGACCACCACUCUGCCACCGAGUCCUUUAUCAAGCACAUGGAGAACGAGUACCGCUGCCGCGGAGGAUGUCCUGCCGACUGGGUGUGGAUUGUCCCGCCCAUGUCUGGCAGCAUCACCCCAGUUUUCCAUCAGGAAAUGCUCAACUACCGCCUCACACCCUCCUUUGAGUACCAGCCUGACCCCUGGAACACCCAUGUCUGGAAAGGGGUCAAUGGGACACCCACCAAGAAGAGGGCCAUUGGCUUUAAGAAGUUAGCAAAAGCUGUGAAGUUCUCAGCCAAGCUGAUGGGACAGGCCAUGGCCAAGAGGGUGAAAGCAACCAUCCUGUAUGCCACCGAGACGGGGAAGUCGCAGGUCUACGCAAAGACCCUGUGUGAGAUCUUCAAGCAUGCCUUUGAUGCCAAGGUGAUGUCCAUGGAUGAGUAUGACAUUGUGCACCUAGAGCAUGAAACCAUGGUGCUGGUGGUUACCAGCACCUUUGGCAACGGAGACCCACCUGAGAAUGGAGAGAAAUUUGGCUGUGCAUUAAUGGAGAUGAAGAAUCCUAACUCCAACCUGGAGGAGAAGAAGAGCUACAAGGUGCGCUUCAACAGCGUCUCCUCGUACUCGGACGCGCGGAAGUCCUCCAGCGACGGCCCCGACUCCCGCCACAACUUCGAAAGCACAGGGCCCCUGGCCAACGUCAGGUUCUCUGUGUUCGGGCUGGGCUCCCGCGCUUACCCUCACUUCUGCGCCUUCGCCCGCGCCGUGGACACCCUCCUGGAGGAGCUGGGGGGAGAGCGCAUCCUCCGCAUGGGAGAAGGAGAUGAGCUCUGCGGCCAAGAGGAGUCCUUCAGGACCUGGGCCAAGAAGGUCUUCAAGGCAGCCUGUGACGUGUUCUGCGUGGGGGACGACGUCAACAUCGAGAAAGCAAACAACUCCCUCAUCAGCAACGACCGCAGCUGGAAGAGGAGCAAGUUCCGCCUGACCUACGUGGCUGAGGCCCCCGAGCUCACACAAGGGCUCUACAGCAUCCACAAGAAACGUGUCUAUGCUGCUCGGCUCAUCUCACGCCAGAACCUGCAGAGCCCCAAGUCCAGCCGUUUGACCAUUUUCCUGCGCCUCAACACCGACGGGCACCAGGAGCUGCAGUACCUGCCCGGGGACCACCUGGGGGUGUUUCCAGGGAACCACGAAGACCUGGUCAAUGCCCUCAUCGACAGGCUUGAAGAUGCUCCCCCAGCUAACCAGCUGGUGAAAGUGGAGCUCCUGGAGGAGAGGAGCACAGCUCUAGGUGUCAUCAGCAACUGGACAGAUGAGAGCCGUGUCCCACCCUGCACCAUUUUCCAGGCUUUUAAGUACUACUUGGAUAUCACCACCCCUCCCACACCCCUGCUGCUGCAGCAGUUUGCUUUGCUGGCCACCAGUGACAAGGAGAAGAAACGCCUGCAGGUCCUUAGCAAGGGCUUGCAGGAGUACGAGGAAUGGAAGUGGUCCAAGAACCCCACCAUUGUGGAGGUGCUGGAGGAGUUCCCCUCGGUGCAGAUGCCCUGCACGCUGCUGCUCACACAGCUCCCCCUCCUCCAACCACGCUACUACUCCAUCAGCUCCUCCCCAGAGAUGUACCCAGGCGAGGUGCACCUCACCGUGGCAGUGGUCUCCUACCGCACACGAGAUGGAGAAGGCCCAAUCCACCAUGGAGUCUGCUCCUCUUGGCUCAAUCGGAUACAGACUGAUGAAGUCGUGCCCUGCUUUGUACGAGGUGCCCCAGGGUUCCACCUGCCCCAGGACCCCCAGGUGCCCUGCAUCCUCAUCGGCCCUGGCACCGGCAUCGCCCCGUUCCGGAGCUUCUGGCAGCAGCGGCUCUUUGAAAUCCAGCACAAAGGCCUGAAGCCUUGCCCCAUGGUGCUGGUGUUCGGCUGCCGGCAGUCCAGGAUCGACCACAUCUACAGAGAGGAGACUCUCUUUGCCAAAACCCAGGGGGUCUUCAGAGAGCUCUACACAGCCUACUCCCGGGAACCAGACAAACCAAAGAAAUACGUGCAGGACGUGCUGCAGGAGCAGCUGGCCCAAACCGUCUUCAAAGCGCUGAAGGAGCAGGGAGGCCACAUCUACGUCUGCGGGGAUGUGACCAUGGCUGGGGACGUCCUCAAGACCGUCCAGCGCAUCGUGAGGCAGCAGGGCCAGCUGUCUGUGGAGGAGGCAGGAGCCUUCAUCAGCAAGCUGCGGGAUGACAGCCGGUACCAUGAGGACAUCUUCGGCGUCACCCUGCGCACCUACGAGGUGACAAACCGCCUUAGGUCCGAGUCCAUCGCCUUCAUCGAGGAGAGCAAAAAAGACACGGAUGAGGUUUUCUGCUCCUAAGUGGACCCUCCUCCCCAAGGGGAUGCCAAACCAGUCCCAGCACCUGCUGCCCACUCCAGCCAGAGGGCACUGAGUUUUGUAUCUCACGGACACGGUGGCUCCUUUUCCACGGGGAACUGCCCUUGGAAAGCUCUGUCUCUCGUCCUGUUGUUGUGUCCUGAUGAUGAUGAUUUUGAUUUCCUUUUCUUCCUCUUCCUCUUGCUCUUGUCCUGUGGCCAUUUCUUUCCCCUCCCUGGGUUGCCCCACUGAAGUACGAUGGCUUUGUAACCUGCAGUGGCUCUAAACACAACUUCUCAUUUCUCCUCCUUCUCAUGAGGGUGUUUUGCAGCUGCAUGAAACCAUCCCCUUCAUGACCACCUGCCUUUCUGGUGUGCUGGGGGCAGCAGAGCUGGCAGGGCCAAUGGCUAAGUCUUGUUGCUUGAUCAGAGCUGGGGGUUGCUGCCCUCAGGCUCCUCCUCUCCUCAGCUCCAGGCUUGGCUGAAUCCUUGUAUUUUCCUGGCUUCCCAUUGUAGAGACCUGAGUGUGUGCCCACAGCUGGGAGGCAGAUGAUGGGCACUGCCCUUGUGCCUAUGAACUUUGUACAUCCCCAGGCAGCCUGGGCACAGAUGUGCCUGGUUUGUGCUGAAGGGUGGGAUGUCUCUCAUUCCUGGAUCAUGGAUUCUGUGCUCUUUGUCUCUUUCCCUGCUCCCCAUGAGUUGCUCAGUCCUCACUUCUGCUGGCAUGAAAGCCCUCCCACGGGGGAGCAAGCACAGGCUGAUGUGUGUGCCAGGGGAAACUCCUGGAUGGCAGUGACUGCUGCUUGGCCAGGCUGUCCUGCAGAAGGCUUCACCAGAGAGAUGUGACCUACAGCUGUGAUGCUGGUGAGACAGACUGAGGGACCAGCUGCAUCCUAGAGCUUUGCAUGCUGUGAACAUGUGAACCUUCUCCCAGGUGAGACUGGAAAGUCACAAGGCUGGGGGAGAAGUGGCUCCAAACCCUGCUGCAAGAAGCCUAUUUAGAAGGCAGCACUUGGAAGGUUAUGGAACCUCCUGGUCCGUGGUGAGGACGUGCAGACCAAGGACCCGUGAAAGCCCAGAAAGCAUCACCUCUGCCUUAGUGCAGCCUCAUGAGCAGCUCUGAGACAGCAGACCCCAGCCACUUCCACACCUUUGGGAGCAGAAAGUGCCAGUAGGGAGUGACCUGCCUGCCAAGAGAAACACGUGUGGCAUCUCAGUGGCAAGCCAGUCCCCUCCACCAGGCUCUGCAGCACCUGCCUGUGGCACAAGCUGUCUGCCAGGGUGUCUCAUGUGAGAAGGGAGGUGAGAUUGGCUGCAAAGAUGCUGUGUGAGCUGAGCUCUGACACGCUCACACCUCAGCCCUGCUGCAAAAGUCUGGCUCCAAAAGCAAUCUGUUAACCUGCUCACAGGAAGGUAUCAGUCCCUCAAGCAGAGAAAAGCUGGCUGCAAGGUAAAGCUUGUGUGACCUUGUGUCCUUCCUCCUCCCUUCCUCACCAUGGCAAAGGUUUGGCCUCCCUCACUGCCAGGAUGAGGGCAGCAGGGCACGGCUGCAGCUCUUGCUGGAGGAUACAGGGUUGACAUUUCGAGCUGGUAGCUGCUGAGCCUCUCCUCCUGCCCCUGCUCUGCUGAGCUGUGAACUGACACUUGCAUGGAGAGAAGCAUCUGCACUGCUGAAGGCAGAGUGUUUGUCCAGGAGCUCCAACUGUGGGCACACUUUCAGAGGACUAAGAUUGGCUGCCCUAAGCCAACAUCAGAACAAAAAGAGCCGCAGGAGGUUUGCUGCUCUCCCAGCCCCACGGUACAAGCAACAAACGCUGGCUCCCCUGGCCCCAGGCUGUGCAGUGAUCCCCACCCUCAGCCAGCACGUCCGACACUUCCCUGCUGCUCGGCUGGCCGCAUCUCCAUGUGCUGUGAACACCUCCUGGAGCUUAGAUUCCCUGGAUGUUCGAAACAGCUUCACCCCAGAAACCAGGAGAAAAAGGUUGCCAGGCACUGGGAGAAUUUGAGAUGCUGGUCUGAGUUCUCGGGAUGCCGGCAGAGCAUCCGAGUUCUCGGGAUGCCGGCAGAGCAUCUGGUGCGCUGCGGAACGCGAACGGCUGCUGCCACAGUGUGGCCGCAGCGGAGCUGGCUGGGCCGGCAGGGCGUCCAGAGCAGCCUUUGGAGACAGAUGUCACAGAAUCACAGCUCGGAAUCUGCCUCGGGAAGAACCUUAGAGAUCAUCUCGUUGCAACAGCUCAUCCAACCUGACCUGCAGUGCUUCCGGGGAUGGAUCAUCCACAAGGUCUCUGGGCAUUCUGGAAUUGCAUAGUGAAGAAUUUCUUCCUUCUCCCCAGUCUGAGUCUCCCUCUUCUAGUUCCAAACCAUCCCCCCUUGUCCUGGCACAACAGACUGCUCAAAACUCUGUCCCCAGCUCUCUGCUCAGCCUCUUCCAGUGCUGCAAGGCCACCAGAAGGUCUCCCUGGAGCCUUCUCCUCUCCAGGCUGCACAGCCCCAACUCUCCCAGCCUGGCCUCCCAGCACAGCCCUUCCAUCCCUGCCAGCACUGCUGUGGCCUCCUCUGGCCCUGCUCCAGCAGGUCCCUGUCUGUGCUGAGACUCCAGAGCUGCCCCAGCACUGCAGGGGAGGUCUCAGCAGAGCACAGCAGAGAGGCAGAAUCCCCUCCCUGCCCCUGCUGCCCACACUGCUGGGGAUUAGCCCAGGAUAGGGCUGGCUCUGGGCUGGCAGCACUCUGUGCCAACUCAUGUCCUGCUUUGCACCCCCAGCACCGUCAAGUCCUUCUCCACAGGGCUGCUCUCCAGCCUUCCAUCCCUCAGCCUCGUUUGUGCUUGGGAUUGCCCCAUUCCAUGUGCAGCCUUGUGGAACUGUGUCACUGCCUGGGCACUUUGUGACCUGGAGAUGAAAGCAGGCCAGGCACAGCCCACCCAUGGUCUGCCUCUGUGGCUUGUGCCCUAACCUUGGGACAGGUGGUGAGGUGGAGCUGCUGUGUCCCUUUGCUGCUGGGAUGUGUGGAUCUGGGCAGAGGUCUUGUCUGUGGGAGAGAACUCCCUGGCCCUAGAGCUGUGAAUGUGUAGCAAACUUGGCCCUGUGGCUGCAGAAAGAGAUGAAGGAAGAAAAUCAAACUCAUCUCUUCCUUUAGGAUAUGAUUCUGGCUCUAGUCCACCUUUCAGUAGAAUGAGUAAGCUGAAGUAGUGCCCCAAGAAAUCAUACAAUGGUCUGGAUUGGAAGGGACCUCAAAAGUCAUCCAGUCCAACCCCCUCAGCACUCAGCAAGGACAUCCUCAAUUAGCUGAGGAUGCCCUGAGCCCUGUUGAGCCUCACCUUGAAUAUCUCCAGGGACGAGGCCACAAUGAUCCCCCUGGGCAAGCUGCUCCAGUGUUCCACCAUCCUCAUGGUGCAGAACUUGUUCCUAACAUCCCAUCUAAAUCUACUCUUCUCUACUUUGAAGCCAUUGCCUCUUGUCCUGUCACUGCAGGCCUUAACUUUGCCCUCUUUCCAGCUCAGCCUGUGCUGCUGGCAACUUGCUUUCUUCUGUCCUGCCUGUAUCACUGCAGCAUCUCCCACCUGGCAGUCACACUGCUCCUCGAGUCUGUGGCCAAGGUGAACUGGCUUUCUUCUCCUGCACCCCAAACCUUCCACUUCCAGCUCUCCCUUCAACCUGAGCCAUGGUGGAGAAGGGACCGGGGCUUGUGCCUUGCCUUUGGUGGGAUCACCAAAGGGGUUCUGUGCCAGUCAGGUAGCCAAAACCCUCUCAAGUUCAACAGGCAUCAGUUGGGUGAGUCCUUCAGAGCCCUUCUGGAAGGGAAACACUGGUUUAAAGCCAGCCUCCCAGCCUGGCCCUGGAGAAGCAGCACCCUCCCUGCUGUGAAGUUCCAUCAAGCUACUAAGCCCCCCAGGGCUCUGAGCUGCCUCUCUGCUCCCUGUGCCCUCACAGGACCAUUUGCUCCUCACAAGCUGCCCAUUGGGAAUUUUGAUUCCUUUUUAUUUUCUCACCUUUGUUGAGUCACUUUCAGACGUCUUAAACUUCCCCUUCCUCCCCCUUCCCUGCAGGGGCUUCGCACUCCCCUCGAGCUUCAUUUUCUCCCACAGCAAAGGGGGAAAUAAACUUAUGGAUCUGCUUUAGCAUUCCACAAACGUGGCUCUCCCACCCCCCACCUCCUUGCCUGGACUCUGCUCACCUCAGUGUGGCAUCGCCGGCGCCAGGCUGCAGCCACGGUGUCUCUGGCAUGCCAAACCAGCAGAGCUCCAGGUGGGGUCUGCUGCAGACUGGUGUCAUGCACGGAGGGGCUGUGCCUCUUGGGCACUCAGCUGAUAAAUCUGGGUACCUGCUGCUCAUCCAAGCUCCUGCACAGCCCUGCAUGGCUCCCACAGCAAGGGGAUGCUGGACCCGAUGGGACACCCAACCUGGUCCAGCGUCUGUCCUGGCUGAUGUCCACCACCACUGCCUUUUUUUAGCAGCUCUGCUCCUUUUCACUUAGCAGGCAUUGACCAUAAAGAGGCUCUUCUCUUCAGGGAGAUUUGAUUCUCUCAGAUUUGAUUUUUCAAGACACCAUGAAGUGGUUUUUUUCUUGGGAGGGCCAAGAUUGUAAUUCUUGGGUCUUUCAAACGUCCACAGAAGGUUAUUAUAUGAACUUGGAAACUCUGAGGAAAUGAUUUUCUGCUUUCCCAGCCUGCUGUGUCCACUAGCAGGGGAAAAUAAGUUGUUCAUUCAGUGCAAGGGUAUCUACUGCCUGUGCUGUUGAUGGCUUCAAAGGUUCCAUCUCUCCAGAAGGACAGCCUGGGAGUUUGUUGCACUUCAGUUGAUGAGAGACAGCAGGAAAAUGAUGAGACUUCUGUCUUCAGGAGCAGACUCGCCCAGACGACACCUCCCCGAUCGCUGCUGGGUAGGUCUGAGCUUGUUGCACUAGAGGAACCCAGCCAGUUGCAUCCACACUGGCCAGAGAGAGGCAGCUCAAGUUUGGGCUCUCCACACUCCCUGUCCCUGUGUCUAUGCAUCCCCCGGGGUGAGCAGGGGACUCCAUUCACACCCAGAGCAGCAUGAGCCAGUGUGUCCCUGCGUGACCAGCACACUUGUGUCCUGAGCAGAUGUGGCUGCCCCAUGCAAACAAGGAGAUGGGCAGAGGCAGGAGCUGCACCCACCUGUGGCCAGCUGAGCUGUGGUCGCUCCACCAGCUUCUUUGCUCUCACCCCAUCCCAGGCUGUGAGACAGGUUCCUCUACCCCUCUUGGAGAUGCCUCCUGUCUCCUUCUCAGCCCAAUCUGCCCAGCUCAAAGGUGCACAGAGCUGCUGGGCAAGGGCAAGUCCUGGCAAUGGCAACAGACUGGCAGUGCCUUGCGUUGGGAAGAGGCUAUCCCACCAGGGUUGCCCUCCCUCUCCUGCUCUCUCCAGAGCUGCUCCGGGCACACAGAGCCUGGGGGCUGAGAGGAACAGAUGGCUUUGUUUUGCAAGUGGAAUUCUUGGUGAGGAGAUUCCUCCAAGGACAAACGAGAGUAAACUCACGUCCUGUGCUCUGUGAUGGGGUUUUACAGGGGGGUGGCAGUGGCGCAAGGUUAGAGUGCAGCUGCAAACUGGAGCCACGAGCAAGCACGCAGGUCUGGGAACAUCUAUCACAUGCUGGCACCACGUUUUUAUUGAGCUGGUGGUGGGGAGAGACAUGUUUGUGCUUGAUGCCUCAUGGACUUGCACUAAGCCCAAGCUGCUGCCCCCUGACUUAUGACCGCUGAAGCCAUCGCAGCCCUCUGAUUUAUAGCUGGGGGAGCUGCAGAGAGCUCCCAGCAGUUUCUGAAAGGAGAAUUUUAUGCUCAAAACUAAAUUGUGUUCCUGCCUUCGCUGGGGACCAGUUUGCAGCUUCAGAAUUGCUCUGAUAACUUCGCAAUUGCUUUGAUAGUUGCAGAGGGGAGCAGAGUCCCUCCGCACAACAGAUGGAGACACAUUUCCAGGACCAUUCAGCUUCGCUGCAACUCCUUCUGUCGUAACAGGAGGAGCAAAAUUUCACUUCUGAAAACUCUACUCCCAACUUGGACACAAAAUUCAGCCUAGGCUCCAACUCCUCCCAGGUACAAAAUGCCUUCCACACCCACUCAGCUUCAGUGGCCUUGGGGAUUCCAGCAGCUCGCAGGAUAAGGCUUUCGUGGCAGCAGUGCUCUCACCUGUGCCAAUCUGCACUUGCCUGCAAUGCAUGGCUCUAGCAAUCCAUUUGAAACCUACCCUGGAUGGGGGGAUCUGAGCUCUAGCUUCAUCCAUAUGGCCAUGUGCAUUUAAUAGGGAAUCAGGGGAGUGGGAGAAAGCCAAUGAGACUGCUGCUUUAAAGCACUUGGUUCCAGGGGUAAACCAGACCUUAGCAGAGGUCAAGACUGGUUUGGUUCCAGCAUGGGCACAAAGGCAACCCACAAAACAGCUAAGCAUCAUAUUGCAAGAGACUCCUUCUUCCUGCUGUGCCAGUAAUGAAGUAGACUAGAAACUCUUGGCCUCCACCCCUACAGAUGUGUGGCUGUGAAUUUGGGCCAUGGGAUAAAGUAGUUUGUGAGUCAAGAGCUGAGCAGUCGCAGCUUGGUUAGCAGCAGAGCUCCUCACUUCACAGGCUGCUGCACUCCUGCCUUAGUCAUGUACCUACCUGGCCAGAUUGCAGGGAGGAAGCACCUCAAAAGCAAGAAAAAAUGAUGAGCCUUGCCCUAAGAAUCCCUCACUAUCAGGAGCCCACAGACCAAGGCUCUGCAGCUAUUCCUAUGUUGGGAAGGUGGGCAAGACCCAGGGGCUUCUCUUGUAGCCAUGGGCCAAAGCUUGCAGAAGGUGCUGGAGGGUCUGCAGAAGAGCAGGAAUGUGGCUCUGGGAUGUAUGAGUGGACUCCUGCUUGGCUUGACUGGGCUGGCUGUGAAGCCUGCUAGUGAAUAACAUCAGGCCAAGUAUCUUUAAACACUAAAAGACUAAACACUGCAAAUGUGGAGCUAAAAGAGCAGCUGCCUGGGGGCUUCUUUUUGUUGCUGUGUUUUCACGUGCUGGGUUUGGGUGGGGAACACAACCAAUCAGUUCAGUUUGGAUGGCAUAAAAACCUGGUCUAGUGGUGGGUGUGCUGUUUUUUGGGUGGGGAACACAAAUAAGCAAUCUAUCAAAUCAGUUUGGAUGGCAUAAAAACCUUUUCUAGUGGUGGGUGUCUCUGCCCACAGCUGGGGGCUUGGAACCAGAUAAUCCUGAAGGGCCCUUCCAACCCAAACCGUUCUGAGAAGUCUAGGGAAAUGUUUUGUUGCCAAGAGAAGUGCUGAAGGAGAUUUACACUUUCCCCCCCCCCCCCCCUCAAGGGCAACAAAACUGCCUUAAGACAUAUUCAACCCCAACAAAGAGACAUUAGUGCUGCUUGCUGCUUCUGAGUCUGUUUUUUUUGCUUUUGACUCUGUGUGAUCGUGGCAUGGAAUGGUGUCUUAACAAAACACACUCCUCAGCACUCAACAGGAUGUCCAGAAAGAGAAGAUGCUGGUUCCUAAUCCCCACCACCACCCACACACACACAAACCAUGCCCAGCAUGGAUGUGAUGGCUUUGAAGCCACUGAAAUUCAAGUGCCACAUUGCUGCUUUGCUAGAAUGCCACAGAGCAGGGCCAGUGGUCACCACCUCCGGGCUUAAAUCUGCCUUCAGAUGCCUUCAAAGCACCCUGGGAUCUGUAUGCUGAGAAGAGCUUAAGUUCCCCACUCCACAGCAGCCCCAGCUCCUCUGGAGUGUGAGCACCUCCCCAGGCAGCAGAUGAGCAGGGUAGGAUCAGCAGCAGCCAGGACUCGGUGCUUUGUAGAUUGCAUGUAGUUAGGAACAGGAGCUCUGCCAGCUGCCCAGGGAACGUGAUGUUCAGUGCCAAUUAAUUUCUCUAACAGGAACAGGGAUUCAUUCUCUCGACUCCCUUAGGCACCUUUGAAAAGCUCAAGCCUCAAAGGUUGGGGCUGGGUUAUUUCUUUUGCUGGUGGCCUUUUUCCUGAAGAGCAGUGGUGCCAAGAUGAGAACGGGGACCAGCCGGUGGAGGGGAGCAGCCUGGGGGCAGGCAGCUCCCCAGCUUUUCACUGCAGAGGCUUGCAAAACUCUUCAGCUGUGGGUAAAUUCUGCUCUGCUGGGUGGGACUCCAACCUCUUGCUGCUCUCUGGUCCUCCCGCUCCUUCCCCCCUGCCCUGUCCCCUCAGCACUUCCUCAUGUCACUGUGCCUUCAUUUGGUUUCUCAAUCAAUGCCACGAUUCACAGCUGCCACAUUGUCUCCACUCCCACUUUGCAUCCCAUAAGACAGGUCUGGGGGGGUGGGUGGGAGGGUGUAGCUUAUUUUGUAGCUUUUUGUGUGAUCCUAAGGUAGGUUUCUUUUGAGGAGUAAAAGGGGGUGGGGGGAGCAGGGAUGUUGUAUUUGCUCAUGCCAGUGCUUUAAGCGGUCAGAACCAUGGUUUUCCCCUACCUCUGAGCUCUCAAUGCUGCUAAAAACUUCUGCCAUUCGUACAAUGUACUCCAGCCCCCUCUCUUGGACUGACUCUGGCUCUGUCUGCAAGAAUAUCCACGUCGUUCUGAAGCAUGCACCUCUCUCUGUAUAGUUCCAAUCUUCUGAUUUUAUGGAAUACUUAUGCCUGUUUGCAUUACAGUCCCAAUAAAAAAGUGAACUCCA